AUGGGCCAUCCGACGAUUGCGGACAAUGAAAGUCUUGGAAGUACUACGCAGACACAAGAGGAUGCCACCAGGAGUACGUCGCCUUCGUCGGUAAGGUCAGAUGAAACAGUCGUUUAUAUAGGUCCUCCGCCAAACCCCAUGCCGAGAACCGACACAUCGGCUCUAGAGCGCGGUAUGAGCACAGGCGAGAGCGACACCAGCAACAAGACUGAGGUCGCGAUUGAGCCGGUGGACGCCGCCAACCGAAGUCCUUCUAUCGAUUCUCUACAUCCCGUUCCUGCUGGCACGCCACCGAACACCCCACAGAUAAAUUCUUCAGCGUCAGAUACGUCGUUAGAUUCGCAAACAGAUAACUCGUCUUCUGAGUCUUCUCAAGCUGAUCGAUCUUCCUCUCGGGAAAGGGACAGCUCCUCCGACAACGGAGAGGAAGACAGUGCGGAGGACGGCGACGAGGAUGCGAGUGAAGAGAGUGAGUCUGAGGACGGUCCCGAAGACGUCGGGGUGCAGGGGACAGUGCGAACUUAUUUUGAGAAUCCGUACUAUCACAACGACAUUGCUGAGGCGGUGGGCGGAGAAUCAUGA